AUGGACCGCGCUUCCGACAACGGUCCCGCGGCGGCGGCGGCGGCUUCGGUCGUGGCGGCGGCGGCGGCGGAUACGGUGGUCGUGGUGGUUAUGGUGGUGGCGGCGGCUACGGCGGCCCUCCCCAGCACGGAUACGGCUCCAACCCCAACCCGUACCAGCAGGGCUACGGCGGCGGUCGCGGUUACGCUCCUCCUCAGCAGGGCUACGGCGCUCCUCCCCCCGGCCAGGACCCCUACGGUGCCCCCGGCGGCUACGGUGGUGGCUACCAGGGCCAGCAGCAGCCUCCCAACGGAGGCGGCUACUAAGCGUAUUUGGCGACAUCCCGUUUCCCCGUAA